AUGGAUGACAAGAAGAAGAGGAGGAGCCCCAAGCCCUGCUUGUCGCAGCCUGCACCCCCCUCCAGUUCUCUGCGAAGGGUCCCAGUCCCCACCAGCCGAAGUGCCUCCUUCUCCUUGGGGCUCCCCCACCUUCCAUCCCCAAAGCAGCGGUCCAAGUUUAAGAGGGUGACCAAGGAGAAGUGCCGCCCUGUGCUGGCUGGUGGAGGGGGAGCCCCAGCAGGCACACCCUUGCAGCACUGUUUCCUGACGGAGGUGACUGGCGUCUAUGAGAUGGAGGGAGGGUUACUCAACUUACUCAAUGACUUCCACUCUGGACGGCUCCAGGCCUUUGGGAAGGAAUGUUCCUUUGAGCAGCUGGAGCAUGUUCGGGAGAUGCAGGAGAAGCUGGCUCGGCUGCACUUCAGCCUGGAUGUGUGUGGGGAGGAGGAAGACGAUGAGGACGAGGCUGAGGUUGAAGGGCUGCCACAGGAGCAGAAGAAAACAGUGGCCGAUCGUAACCUAGACCAGCUGCUUAGCAAUCUGGAGGAUCUUAGCAACUCUAUACAGAAGCUGCAUCUGGCUGAGAACACAGAACCAGAGGAGGCCCCCACAGCCUAAGUGGAGGCCCUUGGUUGGGAUCCUUUAGAACUUCCCCGUGAUGGCUGAGGUGAGCAGCUGGCCUCUCUCAGAUCGGAGGGUAUGAGGAAAGGAGCCCAGGCACCUUCAUGACCCUGACUGUGACACUGGCCCUCCGAGCUGCAGCACCCUGGGCCUUCUGAUCCCAGAGACCCAGAGCUAGGACCCUGGCUUGGGCCUCUAGGCCAUCUGACCUCACAUGACCCAGGCUGUGACCCCAGGUCCUCUGACCUCACUCUGAGCUCUGACUCAGGCUGUGCCCUCAGGCCUUCUGACUUUACUGGCCUCGAUCUCUGACCAAGGCUGUGAUCUUCCCUGGCCCUACUGGCCCUCUGAUUGCUGAAUUAAACGGAAGGAUGGACGGA